GUUUGCACGGAAUCCGGUCGCGAUGAGGUCAUCAAGCUAUUUGUUAAUCUGUCUACACCGAGGACUAUAGGCUGGGCUAUGACCCAACCUUUAAGCGCUUGGAUGGCCUCGAUUGCUGGGAGAUCACGGUUCCCUGCAACGCCGCAGAUGGCAGCAGCACUGGCACGAGUUAUUACUACAGCAACAUGAUGAUGGAAGCCGAGGAUCAUAUGUUUGGACGGCAAAUGCGGCGCUUCUUGGCACUAUGGUAUGCCCACUGCUGACCGGCCCAUCCACGACAAACAUUGCACGGCAGUUGUCCAUGAUUUGUGGUCCGAGUUUGUUGGUAAAAGCCAGACCAGGAUUUCUGACAAGCAUAUUCGUGGGGAAAGGUUCAGCAACGCGGAGAUUGACGACGAAGUUUACAACUUGAGUCUGGUCAAAAAACUCGGAUCCUCCGGCCCUCACAUCACCCAGCCAUGCGUGCACAGGCGGUAUGUGACAAGACUGCCCGGUUCUCCGAUUACGGAAAUCACCUCAGUUCCGGAUCUAAUAGUCGCUGCCGCAGGUGCCAUGGGAUGGAUGCUUACAAAUUUUGAACGUUCCGCCGUCAAGUCGAGCGGGAGUGCUGCUGUGAAGGAUGAAAAUAGUAAGGAUGGGGGUUUUGACAAGUCUCUAUUUAUCGAUAUGGACGUGGAUGAUGAUGAUAUGGAAGUCGAUCCAUCUCUCGAUCCAAGCGCCAAGGAGAACAAAUGGGUUGAUGGCAAUCAUUAUGUUGCAAGCCUGAACAGCGAACGGCCGACAUCGGGCCCAACUGCGGAACUCGAGGACUGGGCAUCAUUGAUUGAUACUCUCAUUUGGAUGGGUUCAGAGGGCUGGAUCAUCUUGCUACCGGAACCGAGCCCGAGGCCGAUAACAAGCUCGAAUGACAUAAUGGGAUUACAUGAGCAGUCUACUCCUUACCAUGCAAUGCAUUACUUUAUGUUUGGCGAUGCUUUCUCGCGUCUCCUGGGCAGGUUGAACAGAAAUGAAUUGCGCGAUGGUCUUUUUGAUUACACUAGGCGUGCGGAUGAUUUUGACCGACCUUCGGCGCCAAUGAAUGAGGCAGAGCUAUCUCCAACUCAAUUUUCGCAGUCGGUCAAUGGUGACAAUAUUCGCAGUGGAAUGUGCGCGCGUAUUGUCACGAGACUAACUAAAUUCUUGAACGGUAUGCUGCCUUUUUUCAAGAGUUUGUUGGACAAUGACGUGAAAUAAUUUAACCGUUAUGUUGUCCUAAAAUUUUC